AUGGCCACAGCAGUUCCGACCCGCGGCUUGGUGCCGAAUGCGUCCCUCCCAGCCAAAGUUCAACCGAUUCCGCCCAACCAGACUCUAUAUGUAACGAACCUAGCGUCGUCAAAAAUCCAAAAAGCCGACCUUCGAACUGCCCUUUACAUGCUCUUUUCGACAUAUGGUCCUGUUCUGGACGUGGUAGCCUUGAAAACUAUGUCCAUGCGAGGGCAAGCACAUAUUGUCUACCGGGAUGUACAAACAGCCACGCAGGCCAUGAGAUCCCUAGAGGGUCAAGAGUUCUUGGGCAAACAACUUAAAAUCCAAUAUGCAAAGUCAAAGUCGCACUUUGUUUCCAAGUUGGACGGAACUUUCAAGAUGCCCAACGCGUCGGGCGCCGCUGUAGUCGAGCAGACACAGCUUCAGCAGAGUAUCUUCAACGCACCACUGCCUGGAUCAGCUCCUACCAAACCACCUGCGGCCGUGGACCAUGUCAUGAAUGACGCAGGGACGCCCGAGAGCCGUGGCCAAAAGCGAGGACGAGACGAGGAAGAUGAAGACGAGGAUAGUGAAGGCGAUGUAGCAAUGGAGGAAGACAGUGACGACGAAUGA